AUGUCAAUACUUCAGAGGAUGGAGAGAAUGAGCAAAUGGGUUUCAGUCCUCUUAGUGGGAGUGUUGCUCUUCUUACGCCUCUGCUUGCCCGUAGCACUGGCAGAGGACGCGAAGUACAAGAAUCGGAACCAACCGAUCAAUGUCCGAAUACGAGACCUGAUGAAGCGAAUGACGCUGGAAGAAAAGAUAGGACAGAUGAUGCAGCUCGAGAGGAUGAAAGUGGAUGCUGAGAUGAUGAGGAAUUAUUCCAUUGGUAGUCUGCUGAGUGGGGGAGGAAGCGUUCCGCGCCCACAAGCUACUGCCGAGGACUGGAUUAACAUGGUGAAUGGGUACCAAAAGGGCUCUCUCUCCAGUAGACUCGGGAUCCCCAUGCUCUAUGGAAUUGAUGCCAUUCACGGACAUAACAAUCUUAUGAUAAUUGGAAUUAAUUGUAGGGAUCCAGAGCUUGUGAAAAAGAUUGGAGCUGCAACUGCUCUUGAAGUUAGAGCCACAGGCAUUCCUUACACCUUUGCGCCCUGCAUUGCAGUCUGCAGAGAUCCAAGAUGGGGCCGUUGCUAUGAGAGUUACAGUGAGGAUCAUAAGGUUGUUCAGCAAAUGACUGAAAUAAUCUUUGGCCUACAAGGGGAAAUCCCUUCCAAUUCAAGGAAGGGUGUACCCUAUGUUGGUGGGAAGGAUAAGGUUGUGGCUUGUGCAAAGCACUUUGUGGGUGAUGGAGGCACGAUCAAUGGGAUUGAUGAGAACAACACAGUGAUCAACUGGCAAGGAUUGAGGAACAUUCACUUGCCAGCGUACUACAAUUCCACUAUGAAGGGUGUUUCAACAGUGAUGGUUUCUUACUCGAGCUGGAAUGGAAAGAAGAUGCAUGCUAAUGUUGAUCUUAUUACUGGAUAUCUCAAAAACACCCUCAAAUUCAGGGGAUUUGUCAUCUCUGACUUUGAAGGUGUUGAUAAGAUUACUUCACCCCCCGAUGCAAACUACACAUACUCUGUACACACUGCAAUUCAAGCAGGCAUUGACAUGAUUAUGGGUGUUCACAGCCCACAGGAGCUCCUAGACAUUGUCAAAAUGUUAGUGGAGAAGAACUUUAUCCCCAUCACUCGUAUUAAUGAUGCUGUUAGAAGAAUUUUAAGGGUCAAAUUUGUUGCGGGCCUUUUUGAGAAUCCCUUGGCGGAUCUUAGCCUGGCUAGUCAUCUUGGUAGUCAGCGUUCAAUCCUCAAUAUUAUUGAAAAGGCUCAUAGAGAUUUGGCAAGGGAGGCUGUGAGGAAAUCCCUGGUCCUACUGAAGAAUGGGAAGAAUGGAAAGAAUGUGCUUCCUCUCCCCAAAAAGACGUCCAAAAUUCUUGUUGCAGGAACUCAUGCUAACAAUCUGGGCAACCAAUGUGGAGGAUGGACCAUUACCUGGCAAGGGGUCAGUGGCAACAUCACUGCCGGGACCACAAUAUUGGAUGGCAUAUAUAAAACAGUGCAUCCAGGCACGGAAAUUGUCUACAAUGAGACUCCUGAUAGUGAAUUUGUCAAGUCAUCCAAAUUCUCUUAUGCCAUUGUUGUUGUGGGGGAGCCGCCUUAUGCUGAGUUCAUGGGAGACAACCUAAACUUAACAAUUCCUGAACCUGGUCUUAGUACGAUUAAGAAUGUGUGUGGAGGUGUCAAAUGUGUGGUGAUAUUGUUAUCUGGCAGGCCCCUUGUAAUUGAGCCCUAUCUUUCCUCAAUUGAUGCACUAGUGGCUGCGUGGUUACCAGGCACAGAAGGCCAAGGUGUGGCCGAUGUGCUCUUUGGAGAUUAUGGAUUCACCGGGAAGCUUCCUCGGACUUGGUUCCGGACUGUGGAACAGCUCCCAAUGAAUGUUGGGGAUCCACAUUAUGAUCCAUUGUUCACCUUUGGUUUCGGCCUAACAACAAAGCCUGUUGUGGCUGGCUAG